CAAAAGGCCGAGCGUCGGCAAGCCAGCCGCCACUCUCUCGGCCGUCCCUCUGGACCAUGCCUCCGAAGCGCAAACGGCAAGCCGGCAGGGCAGGCAAGCCGAAGCCGGCAAAGGCGGCAAAGCACGCCGCAGAGUCGGCAAAGGACAUCUAUCUCACCCUCCUCCAGCAGAUCCCUGCCGCGCAGCUCGAGGUGCUGCAGCGAGCGCUCGGGAAAGGAGACGCCUCGCUGGGCAUGGAGGACGUGUUCGCGGCGCUGGGCGUCCUCCGGGUGGCUGGCGCCGUGUGGGGGCUCCUCGGCCCACCGGCGUCUUUCCACAAGCUCAAGAUCUUCAACACGGUCCUCGGCCUCGACCUCGAAGACGUGGAGCUGCAGCACGCGCUCGGGCCACGCGGCCUCCUCGCCGAGGCGUGGGAGGGCCUCGCCCCCGCGAAGCUGCGGCGCUGCCUCGCCUUCGUGUCGGUCAUGUACGCGUUCAUGAACGAGGCGCAGCUCUCUCUCAUCCUGUACGGAGAGCUGGGAGCGGCGACGCACGGCGGUCGGGCGCGGGAGGCUCUGCUUCGAGGCGACCUGGGGCAGGUCGCGGCGCUGCUCGAGGACAUGCAACAAACGGCAGCGCUGCGCCCUGACCCGAGCUCCGCGGUGAUGCGCUCCGACCGCCUCACGCCUGGCCCGUACCCAACGAUGGGUGGCUCGUACCUCCGACGGCUCGCUGCGGGGACGGGCGAGCUGUCAGACACCGCCGCCGGGCUGGUCCUCGACCUGCUCGGCUCAAAGGCGGCGUCCAAGGUGACCUUCACCGACUCCGUCGGCCUGCGCGCCGUCGAGCGGGCCGAGGGCGCGGGCGAGCGCGCCAUGCGGUCUCCUCUGCCCAUGCCGCAGGGCGGUAAGGGCACGGAGGCGAUGGCAAGUGCGCUGGGCAUGGACAAGCCGUCGCUGCUGCGCGCGCUGCGCGGGCACGACUGGGGCGCGUCGGCGGACCGGUUCCUGGACGGCUGGUCACUCGCCGACGGCGACCGGGCACUGCUUCGGCGCCUGCUGGGCUGCCCGCGCGACACCGAGGUGGAGAAUCUCGCGUGCGAGCUGAACCGACACCGCUCCCUCUUCUGGGGCGAGGGGCGGAAGUGGAACAACUCGACCAAACACGCCUCGCCCUCCACGUACGACCUCGCCGCCGCGCGGGCGAUGGUCGAGCGCGCGGCGGACCUCAACGGGCGGAUGCGGGCGGCGGCGUGAUUGGGCGCACACGCGCGCGCACACGCACACACGCAUGAUGUCGAAUCCAGGGUUCGUGAGUAAAAUUUCACCCUUUCCGACUUCCACAUGUGAAUU